AUGACCCAGUGCGAAGCUGACAGCAGUCAGAAUUAUGUGACAACAGAGCCUCAGCUGAUCUUCUAUCCCAGCAUUACCUAUGCAAUCAUUGGCAGCUCGGCUAUUUUUGUGUUGGUAGUGGCCCUCCUUGCCCUAAUUUUGCACCAUCAGCGAAAACGCAACAACCUCAUGACACUUCCCGUACAUCGACUGCAGCAUCCUGUCCUCCUGUCUCGACUUGUUGUCCUUGAUCAUCCACAUCAGUGCAAUGUCACCUACAAUGUUAACAAUGGGGUCCAGUAUAUGUCUAACCAGGGCUACCACAGACCGCCAGAUUUAGAUUCACCACCAUCCUAUUCAGAAGCUGUGCUAGAUCAAAGCAGACCCCCAUGGUUUGAUCUUCCUCCACCUCCAUAUUCCUCAGAAACAGGAUCCCAGAAUCAUUUAGGCCUCCCUCCAUAUCGUUCUAGAACUGGAAGUGUGGCAAGCACAGAUGCUACAGAAGCAAGAAGUCCAGAGAUUGUGGACAGCCGUCCAUCAAGAAGCCUUUUUGCUAGUAUGGAGUAUCACAGUACGCUGUGUGAAAUUACAGCUGAGCAAAGUGACUCUCUGAUCAACUCAGUUUCUGUCUGAGAACUGUAAGCAAUUAUUUAUGCACAUUUUUAUGGAUGUCUGCUUGAACUUGUACUGAAACUAAAAAGUCCCAAGUCAUUUGGCCUCUUUCUACUUGAUGAUUGCAAGUGCUAUUGUGAAAGGAACAAGAACUAUGUGAACUCCCAUUAAACAACUUUCCUCAAUCAUUUCAAGGGAGAAUGAGCAAGAAAAAGUGCCAGUGACCUUAGUCAUGCUAGAUUUAACUACUGAAUUAUGAAAUGGUUGGAACAAUUGAGAACAUCAGUCGAUUUUCAAUGCUCUCUAUCAUAACAUGCUGUUAAAGCAUAUCAGGUAUUUACUAGAAUUCAUGUAUUGAAAUCAAAUAUAUACACACGUGCCUCAAUACAUGCCUGUAUUUCAAAUGAUCUCUAUGUGGUUUUUAAAUUUCUUAUUUAUGACUGUAAAAGUGUAUAUAACAAUAAUAGCAAAUGAACCUUGUAUUAUGCAACUAUUGAUUGUGUUGCUGAUGGCAUCUGGAAGUCCACUCAACAGAAAAAUGAAGCUCUGAAGAGUCAUGGGAAAUAUCCUGUGUACAAUUUAACCUGUUUUGUGUUUAAAUCACAGACUCUGCUAUGAAGUAAACUAUUAUUAAUUUAGUAAGAAAAAUUAACAAAAGGAUUUUAAGCCACCUAAACAUUAAUGGAAUUUGAGCUGACAGUCACGGACUAGGAAAUGGAUCUUAGAGUCAUGGUGGGCAGUUCAAUGAAGAUACCAACCCAAUAUGCAGCUGUUGUUAAAAAAGAAAAAAAGGAAAGGAAUUCCAUGUUUGGAAUCAUUGGAAAGGGAAUUGAAAUAGAAUUGCUAAUAUCAUAAUGCCCUUAUAUACAUCUGUGUUGUGAUUAUACUUGGAAUAUUGUGUGUGGUUCUGCUCACAGCACAUUAAAAUGAUACAGAACUAGAAAUGGUGCAAAAAGGGAAACUGAAAUUAUUUGGAAGCUGAAGCAGUUCCCCAGCAAGGAGAAACUAUAGUUUGAAAUGAAGGAGGUUAAGGGAUACAGUAUAGAAGUCUACAAAAUCAUCCAUAACAUCAGUAACAUGAUCGGAGAGAAGUUUUCUCCCUCUCUCUGUGUUAGAACUUGAGAUCAUUCAUUGACACAAAAUGCAGGGCGAUUUAGGACCAACAAAAGGAAUUACUCUUUUAUACAACAGAUAGUUAAACUGGAAUUUACUGCCAGCAGUUGAGUAAUAGCAGCCAAUUUGGAUGGCUUUAAAAGGGGAUUGGACAGGUUCAUGGAGGAUCAGGCUAUCAAGGACUACUUUUAUUGGUGGCCAUUUACUUUCUCCUGAAUCAUAGUCAGCAUGCCUUAUAUACUGGAGGCUAUCUCCUUUCAGUCCAGGUUUGAGAUUCCCAAAAUAGUUCUAUUCUGUGAUCCAGAAUAUGAGACUACAUAACCCUACAGCCCAAAUGAACAAGGCUCUUAUGUUCUUAUUCAUCCGGUUAUCACAAUGUGCCUCAUUUCAGCUUUCUUCCUGAUAGUGAAGAAUCAAAAAGUCUACCUUGUAUUCUUUUGUAAUUAGUAUGUGUAUCUUAGGAGUUGAGUAAACCAGAUUUUAGCAUUCUACCUUGCAUAGGUGUAAUUUAACAAUUUGGUGGCUCAUUUGGGCUACCUGUUUUGACAGAUGUACAACUCUCUCUUUCUCUCUCUCGUCUUAUCAUGAAGGGUGUUCAGGUAGUUUAUGUGUCAAAAUGCAGCUUUCUGGUUGUCUGAAAAAUUAAUAUAUUUAGUCUGGGCAUGCUUUGAAUUUCUCAUUUUAAGGGAGAAGAUUACAAAUGUUCCAUUUCCUCUCUCUGCGUGUACGUAUCUUUGAGAGAGAUUCAGAGUGCCUUGAAAUUCAUAUAUCAGUUUGCAGAGCUAAAGCUUAUUAGACUUCUUGGGGAAUAUCUUUCAUACUGUGAGACUUCUUACAGAAAAAGGUACCUUGGUAGCAUUUCCUUGUUGAGGAAUCAUAGGACUGAUUCAUAGGGCUGAUUCAUUCCUUACAUAGCAUGCUUAUUUGCCACAUAUACUCCAUUAUUUAGGUUGUCAGUAUGAGGUGGAGGUAGAUACCAGCCCUUCUUUGUAUAUAUUUACAAACAUGCACCUCUCAUACAUACCACACCAUUUAUCUGUACUGGUGUGUGCACCCCACAUCCCAUUUUGGAAUGGUGUGAAUCAUCUUUUUGAAUUAUUAGUGGUUGGGCAUUAUUCAUGUAGCUCUAGAUCAGUGAAAUAAGAACCAAAUGGUUUUAAAAGCAUGGCAGCAAGUGUUGUUUUCUUUACCCAAAUGUAGGUGUAGGAGUCGUAAUGCUUAUUGGGAGCAUAGAAUGGGCAUUUUAACCCAUUGCCUGCCUUCGUGUCCAAUCCAGCUCAGGAGCCUAGGCCCUGACCUUGUAAUUGUCCAAAAUGUGUAAUUUGUUAAGGUUUCCAGCAAUACAAAGUUCAGGCCCAAGCCAUCUGUUCUGAACUGGCACUGAAUUAGCAAGAAAAGUUAAAGCUGUUUCCUUCUUUUUGGGGAGUUUCAUCUGGAUUGGAGUGGCACGACAGUUUUUAAGUAAAGACAAAAAGGCAUAGCAGUUAGUUAUAUAUUUAAAGUAAUGUUUUAUGCGACCCAAAGGUACUGUUUUAUUGAAUUCAGUUUGUGUUCAUUCAAUCAUUGUCCUUUCUACAAUACAAUACAUUGUCUUUAAGCUGUAUAUAUGUAUAUUUCUGU